AUUAAUGAUCUUGCUACAAUAAUUAAAACUCUUUAUUUUUCGGAUUCUAUGCAAGUUGAGGAGUUUCUAUCUAUCCUUGAUAAAAAUAUUGCCUAUGAAAUUCCUGAUGAUGACUAUGCCAUUUCAGAGCUUAUAGAAAUUUUUAAGAAAAGUGAUGAUUUAGAUGUUGUAGAUGUAGAUGAAAUAGAUAAUAGCCUGGAGGUUCCUAUGAUUAGUGUCGAUUCUACUCUUGAAGAUUUAAAAACUGCUUAUAUGUAUCUGUUACAGCAAGAUAAUACAAGCGAGCAAUUAAAAUUAGUAGAUAAAAUCAAAAAAAUAAUUAAAGAAAAAAA